UUCCACAGCAGCAAGAGGCUGUUGUUCAGGGUGACGGCAGACGGCAUGUGAAGUUAUUUAAUCCCAGAACAAUAGAAACAAGGAGGACAGCCCGAUCCGAUGCUCAGGGGGAGUCACAGCAGGACCCCCAUCACCCCCCCUCUGCAGGCUGACAACCGAUUUCCACCAACUUUACUUCUAUUUCUACUCACUUUACACUUUUCUGAUUUAUUUUCUCCCACGUGUGGAAGCCUGAGCAGAGCAUCACUUGAAGAAAGCCUGACUUUCAGGAGGACAAGCUGAGAGGAAGCAGCCAGAGCAGCGGGGCUGCAGGUCCCUCUGGGGGGGCACCAUGCUGCGCUACCUGAUCAAGACCCUGCUGCAGAUGAAUCUAUUCACCGACACCAUCAGGAACCCAUCCAACGGCAGCGAUCUGUUCUUCAACGAGUCUCUGCCGUCCUUUAACAGCUCGCUGCUGGACUGGGGGAACUUCACGGGCUCCAACGGAUCUCGUCCCAGGCUGGAGGACGCCGCUCCUCGGAUCAUCGAGCAUCCAUCUGACCUGAUCGUGUCCAAAGGAGAACCGGCCACUCUGAACUGUAAGGCCGAGGGGCGGCCCACGCCCACGGUGGAGUGGUACAAAGAUGGCGAGCGCGUGGAGACGGACCGGGAGGACCCUCGAUCCCACCGCAUGCUGCUGCCCAGCGGGUCGCUCUUCUUCCUGCGAAUCGUGCACGGCAGGAGGAGCAAACCGGACGAAGGCGUUUACGUGUGCGUGGCCCGCAACUACCUGGGCGAAGCCGUCAGUCGCAACGCGUCGCUGGAGGUGGCAAUUCUGAGGGAUGACUUCCGUCAGACUCCCAACGACGUGGUGGUAGCAGCGGGCGAGCCCGCCGUCAUGGAGUGUGUUCCACCCAGAGGCCAUCCUGAGCCCACCAUCUCCUGGAAGAGGAACAACAUCCGGGUCAACGACCGCGAUGAGAGGAUCACUAUCCGAGGAGGAAAGCUGAUGAUUUCCAACACCAGGAAGAGCGAUGCUGGCAUGUAUGUGUGUGUGGGAACAAACAUGGUUGGUGAGAAAGACAGUGAUCCAGCUGAACUGGUCGUGUUCGAGAGACCCGUCUUCACCAGACAGCCAUCCAACCAGGUGGUGUUGGCAGACGACACGGUGGAGUUCUUCUGUGAGGUUCAUGGAGAUCCCACUCCAACCGUCCGCUGGCGGAGGGAUGAGGGGGAGUUGCCCCGGGGCAGGUUUGAGAUCCGCAGCGACAACAGUCUGCGUCUGAGCCAGGUGCGAGCUGAGGAUGAGGGCACCUACACCUGCGUGUCGGAGAACAGCGUGGGCAAAGCAGAGGCAUCUGGAACCCUCCAAGUACACGCGGGCCGCUCAUUGCCUCCUCAGAUCGUCGUCAGGCCGCGAGACCAGAUCACAGCUCCGGGUCGGACCGUGACCUUCCUCUGCGGUACCAAGGGAAACCCCCCGCCUGCCGUCUUCUGGCAGAAAGAAGGCAGCCAGAUCCUGCUGUUCCCCAUCCAGGAGCCUUCUCAGUCCAGUCGUUUCUCCGUGUCUCUGAGCGGCGAGCUCACCAUCGCCGACGUGCAAGUGGAAGACUCUGGCUUCUACAUUUGCCAGGCCAUCAGCGUGGCUGGAAGCAUCCUGACCAAAGCCCUGCUGGAGGUGGAAAGCGCUCCCUCAGACAGGGUCCCCCCCAUCAUCCGCCAGGGGCCGGGGAAUCACACCCUGGCCCCCGGGUCCACGGCUCAGCUGCACUGCCACGUCAUGGGAAACCCCUUCCCCAGCAUUCAGUGGGAGAAGGACGGCCAGAGGAUCCUGGGAAACGACGGCCGGAUCACCCUGAUGGAAAACGGCACCUUUCAGAUCACCAGCCUCCAGGAAACGGAUUCAGGAGUUUACACCUGCCUGGCUUCCAGCUCCAGCGGAGAGACGAGUUGGAGUGGAGUGCUCACAGUCAAAGAGAGCGCCGACCCGAUGGUCACUCAGGCCACGGAGCCCUUCCAGCUGCCGGGGCCCCCCCACAAACCCAUCGUCACAGAUGUGUCCAAGAACAGCGUCUCUUUGACCUGGCAACCCAACGCUCAUGAGGGCGGAGCCGCUGUCACCUCCUACAUCAUCGAGGCCUUCAGCCAAUCAGCAGGCAGCACGUGGCAGACUGUGGCAGACACGGUGAAGAUGGAAACGCACACCAUCACAGGCCUGCUGCCCAACACCGUCUACCUGUUCAUCGUCCGAGCCGUCAACGCCUACGGCCUGAGCGACCCCAGCCCCAUCUCCGAGCCCGUCAGGACGCAGGACGUGAGUCCCACGGGUCAGGGGGUGGACCACCGGCAGGUGCAGAGGGAGCUGGGAGAGGUGGCUGUCCAGCUCCAAGACCCCGUCAUGCUCACAACCACCUCCAUGCGGGUGUCCUGGACGGUGGACCGCCAGUCUCCGUACGUCCAGGGCUACCGCCUGUUCUACCGCCCCAGCGGGGGAACCUGGCUCCUUCAGGACAUCAACUCUCCCUCGGAGCGCAGCACCGUCCUCAGCGGCCUGCUGAAAGGAACCGAGUACGAGAUGAAGAUCCGUCCGUACUUCGACGAGUUCCAGGGAAAGGACAGCCGGACGCUGCUGAUCCGAACGCGAGAAGAAGUCCCCAGCGCCCCCCCUAGAGGAGUCACAGUGGCAACAGCGAAGCUCGGCAACAGCUCCAGCAUCAGCGUCAGCUGGGAGCCUCCGCCCAGCGACACGCGGAACGGCAUCAUCCAGGAGUACAGGGUGUGGUGUGUGGGCAGCGGCGCCGAUAACCAGACACGCUACUACAUCAACAGGACGGUGGACGGAAGCACGCUGUCCACGGUGCUGAAAGGCCUCCUCCCCGCCGUGCUCUACCAGGUGGAGGUGGCGGCAGUGACCGGCGCCGGCGUCGGAGCCCGCAGUCCGCCGGUGUCUGUCCUCCUCAAGCUGCCGGCUGAACAGCCAACGGCGCCCGGCGGCGGCGAAGAGGGCAGCGUGAGUCUGGCCGAGCAGAUCACUGACGUGGUGAAGCAGCCGGCCUUCAUCGCGGGCAUCGGCGGCGCCUGCUGGGUCAUCCUGAUGGGCUUCAGCCUGUGGAUCUACUGCCGCCGCAAGAAGAGGAAGGAGCUGAGCCACUACACCGCCUCCUUCGCCUACACACCAGCAGUUGGUUUCCCUCAUGCGGAGGCCUCGGCGCUCAGUGGGAGGCCGGGGGUGCUGGGGGGGAACUACCCGUGGCUGGCAGACUCCUGGCCCACCACCAACCUGGUCCACAGCAGCAAGGAGGCCGUGAACUGUUGCCCCAGCAACCACGACAGCACUGAGCGAUACUACAACGAAGCCGGCAUCUCCAACUACCUGAACCAGACGGAGAAGUACAGCCUGGGAGGCUCCACCGAUGGUCCCAUCUACAGCACCAUCGACGCCACCAGCGAGGACCUGCACAGCUUCGCCACCGCCCCCUACGCCACCGCCGCCAUCAUGCCCUUCUCCGCUCAGACGCAGGGAGCAGCUUUCAGUGGGGAGCAGCAGGACGAGGGCCGCUGGAUCCCCCAGCCGGGCCCCUCUGGGGCCCAGUACGCCCAGCCGGACCGCUGCAGCGGUAAACCGAAGCAGAAGGCGAUGGGGAAGGCUGUGAAGACCCCGUCUCUGACCUGGAUGGAGGCCUUGCCCCCACCUCCACCCAUCGGAGAGCUGGAGCAGUGCGAGCCAGACAGCCAGCUGCCGCAGGACGAUGACAUGGAUGGCGGCUCAGAGGAGGAGUGGUGCCCCCCCCUUCCUGAGAGGACCUACCUGAUGGAAGGCUGUGAAGACCAGAGGAACAUCACGUCUUCUCCUGCCACCUCCUACAGCCACCGCUCCACCGCCACCCUAACCCCCUCCCCCCAGGAGGAGGCGGGAGCCCCCGGUGACCAGCAGCCAUCACGCAGGCGCCCGCCCUGCGGCCCGGUGCCGGCGCCGCCGCUCGCCCAGUCCAGCCAGCAGAACCUCGGCCUCACAGACGCCGGCGCGCUGCAGGUCCAAAGCCCCGCCCACUGCUGCCUCCACAGCCAGGGGAUGACGGGGAACGAGGAGAGAGCUUCAACGCCUGUGCACAGCCACUCGUCUCCAGCAGAGACCUGCACUCCUCCCAACCAGAAGUCCAGAGUGAAGAAGAAGGUGACCAAGACGUCGGCGUACAGGAGGGAGCUGCAAGGAGACCUCCCCCCGCCCCCGGAGCCCCCCCCUGAGGAGUCCAGCAGCCUGCCGACCAGCAGCCGCUCCUCCCUGGAGAGGAGCGAAUACAGCAGCCAGCGGAACCGAUCAGGACCAAAUCACGGCGACAAUGAAGAGGUGGCGGCCUACAGCAGUCGCAGCGGCUACCUGUCCAGGAGUAACUGCUCCACCACGGGAAGCUCCUCCUCCAGAGGCUCCAGCGGCUCCCGGGGCCUCGCCCCCCCCAGGAAACACAGCGAGGAAAUGAGAUAAGGAGCCCCAUCAGCCCCCCCCAUCCUCUGACGGCGAGGAGAAGCUCGCCGUGUUCAACAAGCUACACUUACUGCUGUGAAAGAAGAAUAACUGACCUUUGCUAUUAGAGUUAUUUAUGAGUUGCAGUUCACUCACCCUGCUUACUUUGUAAAUACCUGUCUGUACUGUUCUGUUGUGAGCUCUGGAUACAGGGAGAGAGACCUAUAUUGUAUUUAUGAUGAUCAAAAAAAACAAAACUCAAAGGAUAAAAAACGUCUGUUAUAAUGGAAAAUGUCUUCUUGAAUGUGCCAACUCUUUGUCGCCAUGUAAACCUUUAGGGAAAGCAUUAACUACUGUUGCACAGAACAACAGAAACUAAGAAGCACAAAGUUUGUUUGCUGGUUGAGGAGAGGUGGAAAAGCCAAAAACAUCCCUGAGGGAUGCCCUGCGUCACGGCGUCCGUCCAGUGUCCUUCGUCUGGUUCCUCUGCAGCCUUCGCUGGCUGACUGACAGGCUUUAUGAAAGUUUGAUUGUACCCCCCCUCCCCCUUUAUACAGCUGAGAGACUGUUUGCUGCAGUUCUGAAAAUAAUUUUUCAUAAACUCCUUUGAAAACAAAAAAAAAUGUCUGUUCGCUGACUUUUUGUACUCUUGUUGUUUUGUAAAUGUACAAUAAAUCUACAUUUGCUGAUGA